ACCAGGAGGCGCUCCAGUUGUGCAAUGUUGUUAGCGUCAAGUUCACAGGUCUUUAUUAUUGAAUUCCACAACUCUGACCUGACUGUACCUAGACCAGGUUUUAUAUUUCCCGAUACUGUCCUACGUUUUCUAUACUGCACUACAGUACUCCGAAUUCAGUGCGAAAGACUUAUGGAGCAAAUUUUACGCGACGUGAAAAGUCGAAAUCAACUCAACCGGACACAAUUUCAAGUGAAUUCAACUGAAAUUGCUCAAUUAAUAGGAACUGUCUACCGUAGUGUAUUGUUAUUAGAUGGAUAGGUACAUUUGUAUCAAACUACAGUUAAGAGAGCCGCUUAAAUGGCGGCUUCAGCCCGCCCUAUUUAAUUUGAAUUAAAAGGUGGAGGCUACCUUUGAGUGUCUCCACAAGAGGAGGCUGCUUUGCUGUUCGGAAGAAAAGCCAAACUCAGUUUACUCUGUAUUUUAACUCUACGUCAUGGCCGAUUCAGAGCUUUAUACGAAGCAUGCCCGUGUAUGGCUCCCAGACCCCGUGCAAGUGUGGAAGUCAGCGAAGCUACUCAGAGAUUACAGUCCUGGUGACCAGACAUUAUGUCUACUGCUGGAUGAUGGCAAUGAGAUGGAAUACAAAAUAGACCCUCAAACAAACAACCUUCCACCACUAAGGAACCCCAACAUCCUGGUUGGGGAAAAUGACCUCACUGCUCUCAGCUACCUCAAUGAACCGGCAGUCUUACACAACAUCAAAGUCCGCUUCAUCGACUCCAAGCUGAUUUACACGUACUGUGGCAUUGUUCUUGUUGCUGUUAAUCCUUAUGAGAAUUUACCAAUCUAUGAGGCUGAUAUCAUCCAUGCCUACAGUGGACAGAACAUGGCUGACAUGGACCCCCAUAUAUUUGCCGUGGCCGAGGAAGCGUACAAGCAGAUGGCCAGAGAUCAACAGAACCAGUCCAUUAUAGUGAGUGGCGAGUCAGGAGCUGGAAAAACCGUCUCUGCUAAGUAUGCCAUGCGUUACUUUGCUACAGUCAGCGGUGCCUCUGGUGAGGCUGAUAUUGAGGAAAGGGUCCUGGCCUCCAAUCCCAUCAUGGAGGCGCUUGGGAAUGCCAAAACAACGAGGAACGAUAACAGCAGUCGCUUUGGGAAGUACGUUGAGAUUGGGUUUGAUAAGAAGCAUCGUAUCAUUGGGGCUCACAUGAGGACAUAUUUACUGGAAAAAUCAAGAGUUGUUUUUCAGGCCCACGGAGAACGGAACUAUCACAUAUUUUAUCAGCUAUGUGCCUCCAGUCAUUUACCAGAGUUUAAAACCUUCAAAUUAGGUGAUGCAAAUGAUUUCCACUACAUUAACCAGGGUCACAAUCCAGUUAUUGAUGGAGUGGAUGAUGCCAAAGCUAUGUGCAACACAAGGAGAUCGUUUUCGCAAUUAGGAAUCGGUGAAAGCAAUCAGAUGGAAAUCUACCAGAUUCUGGCAGCUAUUCUUCAUCUUAGCAAUGUGGAAGUCAAAGCUCACGCAGGGGACAGAAGCAGCAUUUUGCCCGACAAUGCCCACUUGGUGGUGUUCUGUGAGUUGAUGGGGGUGUCCUGUGAAAAAAUGGCCCACUGGCUCUGCCACAGGAAACUCCAGACGACCACAGAAACAUACAUCAAGGGUCUCUCCAAGACCAAUGCAGUCAAUGGCAGAGACGCCCUUGCAAAGCACAUUUAUUCAAGACUCUUCAGAUGGAUUGUUGCCUGUGUAAAUAAUGUGCUCAAAUCAGCUGUUAAACAACACUCAUUCAUUGGCGUUCUGGACAUUUAUGGGUUUGAAACAUUUGACAGCAAUAGCUUUGAGCAGUUUUGCAUAAACUAUGCCAAUGAGAAGCUCCAGCAGCAGUUCAACCUCCACGUCUUCAAACUGGAGCAAGAAGAGUACAUGGAAGAGGAGAUUCCAUGGACGCUGAUUGACUUCUAUGACAACCAACCAUGCAUCAAUCUCAUUGAGGCCAAAUUAGGCAUCCUGGACCUUCUAGAUGAGGAGUGCAAAAUGCCCAAAGGCUCUGAUGGCACAUGGUGUCAGAAAAUGUACAACACCCUGUUGAAGCAGAACGCUCACUUUGAUAAACCAAAGUUAUCAAAUAGAGCUUUCAUCAUCCAGCACUUUGCAGACAAGGUGGAGUACCAGUGUGAUGGUUUUCUGGAGAAAAACAAGGACACGGUCAAUGAGGAGCAAAUACACGUGUUACAAAACAGCAAGUUUGAUUUCUCGCAGAAGCUCUUUGUGGAAAGUGAAAAGGCAACAAGUUCCACCAACAAAUCUACUACCAGCAAUAUGGGACGAUUUGGACUGUCACAGAGGGGUAAUAGGAAGACUGUGGGACUGCAGUUUCGACAAUCACUACACUUAUUGAUGGACACACUUAAUGCUACAUCUCCUCACUAUGUACGGUGCAUUAAGCCAAAUGACCACAAAGUGCCUUUCAGCUUGGACCCUUUGAGGGCAGUGCAGCAGCUGCGAGCAUGUGGAAUCCUGGAAACAAUCCGAAUCUCAUCAGCUGGAUUCCCAUCAAGAUGGACCUAUCAAGAAUUCUUUUGUCGUUACCGGGUCCUUAUGAAGCAAAAGGAUGUGCUUCCCAAUAGAAAACUUUCCUGCCAAAAUCUCCUAAAGAAGCUCAUCCAGGACCAGAAUCUGUAUCAGUUUGGUAAAAACAAGAUCUUCUUCAGAGCUGGCCAGGUGGCGUACUUGGAAAAGCUACGUUCUGAGCUGCUACGAAGGGCGUGUGUCAGCAUUCAGAAGACUAUCCGAUGUUGGUUGGCACGUAAAAAAUAUCUGAGGAUGAAGCAAUCUGCCAUCACCCUUCAAAAACAUGUGCGGGGUCACCAGGCACGCCGUUAUGCUCAUUUUCUGCGGAGAACAAAAGCAGCUGUUGUCAUUCAGCGAAAUGUUCGAAUGUGGGUGGCCAGAAUGCGGUACCGAAAGCUGCGCUCUGCAUGUGUUGUCAUUCAGUGCUUCUUCAGGGCGUAUGUAGCCAGAAAGCUGUACUACAAGAUUUUGUAUGAACAGAAGGCUUUGGUCAUACAAAAGUGGGUGAAAGGCUGGCUGGCCAGGCAGCAUUAUCAACGCACUCGAGCAAACAUCAUAAUGCUGCAAAGCUGUGUGCGUCGUAUGCUGGCCAAGAAAGAGUUAAAGAAGCUCAAGAUUGAGGCGCGUUCUGUGGAGCAUUUUAAAAAUCUCAGUGUUGGCAUGGAGAAGAAGAUUAUGCAGUUGCAACUCAAGAUAGAUGAGCAGCACAGAGACGUCAGAGAGCUCAACGAGAGAUUGAAUGCCGCGGCAAAGACCCAAGAUACGGAGAGAGAGCGACACUGCAAAGAGUUAGAAAACCUUCAGCGAUCAGAGCAGAAGGCCAAAACCAAGGCAGAAGCGCUCCCCUCGCUAAUGGAGCAGCUCUCCUUCCUCCAGCAGGAGCUGGAGAAUACCCGUAAUCAAAAGGAAGUCCUUGAGGAUCAGAACAAUGUUUACAAGGAGCAGACACAGCAGGUGGUGGAGGAACUAAAUAUGAAGAAUAGCUUGCUGGAUGAAGAAAAGAAAAACCAUCACAAGCUCAUCCUGGAACAAAAACAACAAUUGACAGAGAUUAAAGUCCUGGUGGAAAACACAGAAAAACUACAGGAAGAGUUAAUUGAAGAGCGCUCCCGGUACCAAACUCUACUAAGUGAGCACCUGCAUCUGCAGGAGCUUCAUAAAGAUCUGAAGGAGGAACUGGAACUCAGACUGAGUCCAAGCAAAUCACUUCACAAGAGAUCAGAAUCUAAUGACACCAGUAACUCCACUGAAUGUAGUCCAACGAUUGGCUCUACUACUGGACAAGACAGUUCACAGGACAAUGUGAAUGAGUCCCAGUCCACUGUAGACCUGCCGCUCAUUCUCAAGCUCCAGAGAAGAGUGAGAGAACUCGAGAGGGACAAACAGUCACUACAGCGACACUUAGAUGAGAAGGAAUCCCAAGAGGAAGAAGCCAAGGACGAGGAGGAGGAGGAGAUAAGUGUUGGGAGAGCAGAACUGGAUUUGGAAACGCUCAAGCGUCAAGAGCUGGAGUCUGAGAACAAGAAAUUGAAGCAGGACUUGAGUGAAUUGCGUAAGUCUCUCACCACUGAGAAGAGCGAGCUGAUGCCGCCCGCUGUGGGCUCCACAACAUACAAUGUACUGCUGGAACAACUCAACUCUUCUAACGAGGAACUGGCGAUGCGAAAAGAGGAAGUGCUUCUUCUCCAGUCACACAUUGUCCGCCGAGAAGCUAUGAAAUACAAGGACUCUGGUCUCGCAGAGGGUGUGAGUUUAGACCUCAGUGAUGUUCCCUCAUUUCAAGAUGUUGACAGGUCGACUGACAUCCAUACAUUGAAUGAGGAUGGAGAGCUGUGGCUGGCUUACGAAGGCUUGAAGGAGACCAACAGGGUACUGGAGAGCCAGAUGCAGACGCUUGAGAGGCAGCACAGUGCACGCUAUGAGAAACUGCUGGAGGAGUUGAACAUGCUGAAGGAAGAAAAGGAGCAGCAACAGAAGAGGUUGACUCAGAUUUUGCUCCUACCUGAAGAUGCUCGCAUUGAAGCGGGUCUGGAGCUCGAAAUUACUCGUCUUACGAAAGAAAAUCUGGAGCUCAUGGAACAACAGGACAAACAAGAGAAGACAAUUGCCAGUUUGAAAAAUGACCUUCAACUGUACAUGAAAAGAGUAGAAGAGUUUGAAGCUCAUGAAAGGAAAACAUCCAUUGGUAAAAAUUAUCUCGGGAAAGCAGCUAGUAUUCCUCGCAAGGAGAGGGAGUACCAAGGAAUGUUGGAGUACAAAGAGGGUGAAGAAAGCCGCCUGGUUGAAUGUCUGGUUCUAGAUCUGAAGGCACGAGGAGUGGCUGUCAGGUUCCUUCCUGGUCUUCCUGCUUACAUCAUCUUCAUGUGCCUGCGAUAUGCUGACAGACUUAACGAUGAUCAGAGAGCUAACACGUUGCUCAAUUCUGUGCUCUACAGCAUCAAGGGAGUAAUUAAGAGGAGAGGAAAAGAUUUCGACGUGUCGUCUUUCUGGUUGUCCAACACAUGUCGACUACUUCACUGUCUAAAACAGUAUAGUGGAGACGAAAUGUUCAAGAUGCACAACACCGUGAAGCAGAACGAGCAUUGUCUGACCAACUUUGAACUAAGAGAGUACCAGAAUGUUUUUGCCGACCUAGCUGUCCAAAUUUACCGCCAGCUCAUCAAAAGCAUGGAGGACACAUUGCAGCCCCUCAUAGUGUCAAGCAUGUUGGAGCAUGAGACAAUCCAGGGGGUACUUGGCUCCAAACCCACAGGUCUGAGGAAAAAGAGCACUAAUUCCCCAGAAGAAGAUGCGGUUACGGUGGAAGUACUCCUGCAACAGCUUGGGCUCUGGCACACCACCAUGAUUAAGCACGGGAUGGACUCUGGCCUCAUUAAACAGGUGGUCCGGCAACAGUUUUAUGUCAUAUGUGCUGUUACCAUCAACCACCUGCUGCUCAGGAAGGACAUGUGCUCAUGGAGCAAAGGGCUGCAGAUCAGGUACAAUGUGUGGCAGUUGGAGGAGUGGCUGGGGGAGAGGGAACUGACUGAUUGCGGUGCCAAGGAAAUGUUGGAACCUCUCAUACAGGCCGCACAGCUUUUGCAGGUCACGAAGAAGACUGAAGCCGACGCUCAGGCUAUUUGCAAGUUAUGCACGGGCCUCACGACGGCACAGAUUGUUAAAGUGUUGACCCUCUACACGCCAGUGAUUGAGUUUGAAGAGCGCGUGACGACCACAUUCAUUGCGACCAUUAAAGACAUUUUGAAAGACAGAGAGGAGUCAUCCACGCUGAUGAUGGAUGCCAAGAAAAUCUUUUCUGUCACGAUUUCCUUCUCGCCCUCCUCCGUGGCGCUGGAGACGAUACAGAUCCCUGCUAGCCUGAAUCUCAACUUCCUCAACCGUAUCUAGAACCAGCCUUUGACACACACGCACACAGUAUUUUUAUGUUUAUCACAUUUUGUUCUCAUGUCCUUUUUUUUUAAUUGAAGUGCCAAAUAAAUAUAAAAAGUCUGCUGUACUUAAGGAAAUAUGUUCACCUCUCCUAUCCUGUUACCAAAUGUGCUAAUAAUGGUGUGAAAUAGUGCUCAGACAUCUAUACAUUUAACUCUGAUUUUAAAAUGUGGUUCACUACCCUGACUUCCAUGCUUGCAACGAAGGUUCGGUCCCCAUUCAGUGAAUAUAAUGUAAAUGAUUGUCUGUCCCCAUUUGUCGUUUAACUGACUGGCGACCAGUCCAGGGCAACAUGGUGUAGUCUGCUUAUCACAGCUUAGUCAGCUGGUAUAGACCCUCAACAGCGUAAAUGGUAUAGAAAAGUAAUUGAUUUAUUCUCUGUACAUUCGAACAUAUUUUUACACGUAAUAGAUGAGUAGUAGAAAUAUUGUAAUUAACCGUCUAAUACUGAUUUUUUUUUCAAGUACCUGCCAUAUAAAGGGUAGGAAAGUUAUGUAUGACAACCAUUUGAUGAGUAUAUAUAUUAAGAAGACGACCUUGCAGCCUGAUUAUUGUGGUUCUCAUGCUGUGUCGUUUAUAUUUGUCAUUACAAGCACUGCCUUCCUGCAUAUAAUUCAGCUCCGAAAUCAUCCAGGAAAUGAACACGACAAAUGUCAUCGGACUGGUUCGCACACUCCAAAACACACCUGGCUGUCUGUUGCCUGGCAUGAAAAAGUUGUAAAAUCUUGAAACAUCUCUCAAGUUGGAUUCGUAAUGAUUUAACAAGGCAAAAUUAGCCCACAUGGGAAAAAAUGCACUACAGUGGGAAAUCGAUGACUACUUGUUUGGG